UAUGUCGGUGUAUAGGACGCCCCCAAACUCCAGGCUCUUACAGCCAGUCAAAUGCGGAUUCUAACGUCUCACAGAUGACUGCGCAUUUAAGCACAGGUGGUUAAUUUCAACUAUCUUAACAACACUUUCGCGGAGAACAUGCAGCAGUGAUAAGUUUUGUCAAGAUGAGAAAGUUUCUUUCUAUACGACACAGGAUUAUACAUGUGGUCUCUGUAAUUCUAUUGGAAAUCGUCCUGGGGAAUUCUUUACACUGGGAUGCUCUACAAUCGGAGAAAGUCCCAAGUCACGGGCUAUACACAGAGCCUACUCUAAGAGACGUUAGUUUCCGCGAUGUAUCAUUCACUCUGGCAAUGCUGUCAUGGACAGUAGAUGGGGUUACAGAGACGAAAUUGGUCUCCGUUGACUUGUUUGUCAAACGGUUGUCCGACACGAGGGAUGUAGUUUGGCAUCCCUUAUCACAACUUUCCUUUAACCAUUCAGUCAGUUCUAGUCCUACGAACGCCACAAGGUUUGGGAGGGACCUAAAUGUUGUGCAUGGAGAGGCUUACCGUGCUAAUGUAACUUUGAUGUCUGGAAUAAAGAAUAUGGUGUCAACAGUUGACGUCACGACAGUACCAUUUGGGCCGAAGACUGUUAACCUUAAUAACCUUGAGGCGACGGGAACCAAGGCAGUGGCGGCAACAUUUGACAACACCAGAAUUGACGCAUAUUUUGGGCAGUUUGAGAGGCCAGAUAAAAAAUUAGUUGGGACUUUCGGACCAUAUCCUCUGGAUCGUCCGAUUUUGACUGAGUCUGAGGUGUGGGUAGACACCAGUUUGCCGUUCGGCCUAGUCCCUGGUGAGACGUACAGGUUGGUUCUCGCCUUUUAUUCUUGGGAGCGACGCUCGUCAACCCUCACCACAAGUAACUACAGAACAAUCGCUCCAUCUGCUCCGGUCAUAGAACAAGCUCAUCGUUUGUCUAACGGCAGUCUUCGUGUAACAUGGAUGCUGUCAACAGGCAUAGCCGACAUUUUCCUCGUGACAGUCAACGGGAAGAAGCACGUGAUCAGGGGAGAUAACCACGUAACCUCUGCGGGAAGAUACUCAGCUGAUAUCGAUGGGUUGAAAGACGAGAACGACUAUUUUAUUACAGUGACAGCGGAGUCGAACAGGACACAGGGACAAAAGUCUCAAUCGUUCACAUACAUCAACGAAGAUGGCGUUUUCCCAAAUGAUGGAGGUUUGGACUUAACCCCCAGCAGUAAUGGCAACAUCAUCGCUCCUUGGGUUAUUUCAGGAGUUCUAGUCGUAAUUGUUCUCAUUCUGGCAGUUAUUCUGGGAUUGACCAUCAGGAAACUCCGACAGCUACGAACCACAAUAAGGAAAAGCGACAAUCUCCAACCGCAGCCUGAGUAUGAGACCAUAAGGACAAGUUAUCUGCAUCCUAUAUGAUAUAACCAUUGUUAUACGUAGGCCACAAUAUUUCUGGUAUCAACCACACUGUGGCAGCCUAAUCUCCAGGACCAGCCUUCCUGAAAGUUGACCAGUCAUGGGUAGUAGGCGUGUACUGGCCUAAAUUUUUGGCUUUGUCACGGUCACGAUUCAUUACAACAUAGUAAAAUAAACCUUCCUCAACAAUUAAGCCCUGUCUAUCAAUGUUGUUCAAAUAAAAAGAAACACGACUGUUAUAAAUAUACAUAUAAUAAACCAGCCUAUGGUUCAC